GUCCUUCCUCGUGGUCCUUCCUCGUGGUCCUUCCUCGUGAGUCUUUUCUCGUGGGUCUUUCACAUCUUUCACCUCCCACCUCCCACAUCUAAUGUCUCACAACAAAUAUCUCAUGUCCUCAUGUCUCACGCAUGUCUCACGCACAACUCACGCAUUUCUCGCACUUCACGCCUUACACUCAUACCUUACACUCACACCUUACACUCACACCUUACACUCACACCUUUACACCCACACCUCAUCAUUCACUCACACCUUUACACCCACACCUCAUCAUUCACUCACCAUCACACCUCUAAUAAUGUUUUUGAUAAUAAAUUUGUUUAAAAUCUUGAACGACACCAAGAUUUUCAUAUUUUUGACAAAUAUUACUUAUACCUUUAAAUACAGUACAAGAACUUUCCCAAUAAAAACCUAUAGGUUUAAAAGAUCUUUUUUUACGAGAUUCAAAAAAAUUUUCUAAAGAAUUUGAA